AUGGCCGAUCGAUUCCCUUCCCUAGAAGAAUUCAACGCUGGCUUUCCAGGUCAGACCGAAGUUGUCGAGACCAACGGCGCUGCGGAUGGAGAGGACUUCCUAGCUCGUGAGCGUGCACUUCUCGGAGAUGACGCGGACCAGUUUGCUACCCCCAACGAUCAUGCUGCCACGUCUGCCGCGGUAGAGGAUACCAAUGACGACCUGCUGGGAGGUGGAGACAAUGUGCAAACAACUGCUGCCUCUGAAGAGAUCUCUGGCUUCGAAUCAUCUUUUCCGGCAAUCGACACUCAAAAUGAGCAAGUUGCGCCAGGAGGAACUAUCACCGGAACGGGUGCCCCUUUUACUUCUACAGGCUACACGAACUACGCAGAACCUGAGGAGGAAGAGCCAGAGCCAAUCCGGGAAUGGCGGGCGAGAAGGGAUGCAGACAUUGCCCGUCGUGCCGAGGCCUCCGCUGCUAAGAGAGCUGCCACGAUAAAGAAGGCUCGGGAGGACAUCGACGAUUUCUACGUUUCCUACGGCAACCGGGCAGACAAGGGUCGCGCGCAGACCCGCGCCGAGGCCGAACAAUUCCUUGCUAACCGUGAAGACACUGCCGUCGGCGGCACUGCCUGGGAGCGUAUUGCCAAGCUGGUGGAUGUUUCCGGGAAAGGCGUAAAGGGAGGUGCUAGCGGCUCGGGCAAGGAGCGCUUCCGCGAAUUGCUGCUUGAUCUCAAAAAGGAUCCAAAUGCACCGGGUGCUAGCGGUGUCUGA